UAGCAUAUAGAUUAGAAUUCAAUUAUAUUUGGGGGCAAUCUCUCUGCUAUCUUAUGUCAUUCCAAAGCUCAACAAAACACCAAUGUCUCAUUUCCUAGAUCAGGCAGCCAUUGAUGAAGUAAUAGCAUUAGGGAUAGAUUUGCAGUUUGACGAUGAAAUUGCGUUAAAAAUUAAACAAAGAGAAGAAAAUCCUCCGAACAAUUUUCAACAUGAUGUUCCUUCGACUAGUGGAGGAAGUAGUUUACCUAAUCAAACUGCUACUACUGAGAACAACAAUCCAGAAAAUGAAAUAGAAGAUGUUAUCUCUGGAUUACCAACUCAAAAGUACCGUCGCAAAACCUGGUGGAGAAGGAGAUCAUUUGUUCCCGAUAAAAACGAGUGUUCCAUAUGUACAGUCAGCUAUGAGAAGGGAGAUAAGAUAACUAUGUUACCAUGCAAGCAUGCCUUCCAUAAGGAUUGCAUUUCAAAUUGGUUAAAAGAAAACAAGGUAUGCUGUGAAUGCCAAGCCGAAGUUAAUCCGUAAUUGGAACCGUUAUACUAACUGUCAUGGGGUGAUAAGAUUAAUAUCUUCUAUAAGCCAGGUUGAUGUAGUGUUCUGGCAU